CAGAUUUAUUCUCCUUCUUGUCUUUCGUCACAAUCAUUAACACACGAUACUCUCUGAAAAUAAUUUUUUUUUAAUCUCUCUCGAGUUUCAUGGCUCUCGCUUCUCCACUUCUCCUUCCUCUUCUUCCCCACCAUGCAUCUCGAAUCUAACAAAAACCCUAAUUUUCUCUCUCUCCGUUGAAUCCUCAUGUUGACUCCAUCAAGUUCACCUACUCUCUCUCUUCUCCGGGAUUCUUGGGGUUCUCCGGUCACCGGAAUCCGCCAUGGUUCCAGCUGAGCCGUCGCCAACACGUCUUAUUUGCGGCGGUCACGGUGGUUGUCGUGGCGAUCUCGGCGGUGGGCUGUCGGAAAGUUUUGAUUUUAUGAAGUUAUUACAGCAAGUUCAAGAAUUGUCUGACGUCAACGACGACAAAGACAAGAACGAAGCUUGCUUAGGAUCUGUUCAACAUAACAACGACAAGAAAGAAGACGAGGUAAAACAUAUUAUUAAUAAAAGAGAUUGUAGAAGCGAUAAUCAUAAUUCUAGUUUCAUGGCGGAUCGAGAAGAGCCAAGAACUAAUUCUGGGUCUAGCUCCAAAGACGACAACAACAACGAGGGUAACACUUACGCUGACACCAACACUGAUACCGGUCUUAAUAACCAAGAAGAGAUGAGAGAAGAAGGGUGGCUCAGGUUAAGCAUAGGAGGCCAAACCGGAGAGGCCAAACCGGAUGAGGAAACCGGUCUUGAUCGGAGCCAAGUUCAUAGCGGUGAUGAUCAUCAAGCUGAUUUGACAACUGGUAGGGAAGAUCCCAUGUUAGAGCUUAACCUGUUCUCGGGCGAUUUGAGUAGGUACCCUGGUCAAGAAGAGGUUCAACCGAUGGCAUUGCCUUUUGCCAACACCGGUUUAGGAAUUGGACCGUCAUUGUUGCAUCAAUAUCAUCAUCAAGGCGGAGGGAUGAUGAGUCCAUUAGUGUUUCCGGCCGGACACGAGCAGAUGCUCGGUUCUUGGACGGCGUUCAGACAGCCUUUCGUGCAGCAGAACCUAACCCGGUCUCCUUCUUUGAUGAUGCCUUUGAUGGGACCUUACUUCGCCCGUUCAAUGCUUCAAUCCCAAUUAAUGGGGACUUCGAGUUAUACCGAUGGUCCGAGCUCGAGUUUUCGAGCCGUCGACCCUCCAAGGAGGCCUCAUUCGGGCAUUUGGUUCGUCCUUCAAGCUUCUGAAAACCAGACGAGAGAGCCGUUCUUGCCUCAGAUACCGAAAAGCUAUUUGAGAAUCAAGGACGGGAGGAUGACGGUUCGGCUGUUGAUGAAAUAUUUGGUGAACAAGUUGCGAUUGGAGCACGAAUCCGAGGUAGAAAUAAGAUGCAGAGGAGAGCAGCUGGAGCCCGUGUUGACACUGCAAGACGUGAGAGACAGAAUUUGGAGAACAUCGGCGAGAGAGAACAUUUCUCAACAACACAUCACUUUGCUUCCGAACUCCCCCACCUCCCAUCAUCUCAUGCUUCUUCAUUACGGUCGGAGCCUUUCAUAA